AUGGCUGAUCAUGUCUCGGACGCGGCGCUGUUGGAUGAGAUGGCGUCUGGGAUGGAGGAGAUUGACGUGCCGGACAUGCCAAACGCCAGCGGCGUCAAGGUGGACGACCCCGUCUUCUACACCGAGCUGGAUCGUGCCGUCGCUCGCGCCCAACAAUGCCAGGACUACACGCUGCAAAUACAAGCGAAGAUGCGAACGCUGCUUGCGGCAGCAGAGGAGCACCGGCGGGCGUGCCACGACCUUGCGAUGAUGCUGUCCAUCAGCUCGCACGAGUUCAAGCUGCACCACGCGACAAACGAAGAGGAGCCCCUCAAGGCCUGCUCACAACUUCUCAAGGAGAUGUAUGACAUUGUGGAUGUCAAACUCAACAAGAUUGCCCAAAAGUUCAAGACCCUCACGGACUGCAAGGAGCAAAUGAUCCAGAGUCACAACAAGUACACCACCACCAUGACAAAGUUUUGUGCAACCGGCUUUGGAGAUGACAAGUCUGCGUCUGAGGACUUUCAUCGCCGGAGCCACAAAGCGUACGCACACAAGAAGGCGGCGCACCUCACCGCCAUCAAUUGCGUCGAUGUCUUGCACGAAGUCAUGUCACUCACAAAGGUUGACGUGGUGCUGGAGAUGAUGAAGGCGGUGACCGCAGAAGCAGCGUUCUUUAACAAGGGCGCCAGCAUUGCUGACAAGCACAUGCAAAAGAUGGAUGCACGCCACGAAAUCAUGCAGAAUGUGCAGCUGCGUGCUGAGGGCGCGCACACGAUUGAACUGCAAAAGCUGGAGAGACUGCGACAAGACAUUCUGUCCUGCUACGAUCAAGAGGUCGCCUUCAUCCCGCGCGAAUUUGAGAAGAGCCACGGGUUGUCUGCAACGCUAAAGCGGGCUGUUCGCAAGCAGGACACUUCUCCACGGCGCGGUAUCUCCCGCAAGAUCAGUGCGAGCAAGCAGUGGCGGCGGUCGCGACGCCGGGGCACAAACGAGCCCGUGGAGGAACUCAAGGAUGUACAUGGACUGACCAUCCACCUCAAGGACCAACCGAGCGAUGACGCAACCGAAGCAGCGCCCCCAACGCAAAUCAUCAAGGACAAGCGCGGAUACAUGUUUCGACGUGUCGACAAGAAGUGGCGACUGGACUUCUUGGCCAUUGAAAACCACUGCCUCGUUCGCGUCGGCGACAAUGGCGCCACAGAGACGCUAGUGAACCUGCUGCUCGCCACCAUUCGCGCCGGAGACAACACCACAGAUGACCGCCACCACUGCCUCAAGAUCAUCACUCCUUCCAGCGCGCUGGGCACGAAGGAGUACAACGAGUGGCUGCUUGCCUUGCAGCAGGGCAUCGCCGACGCCCUGGACACCGGCAAUGCGGACAACAAGGACGACAAAGUCACGCAGGACCCCGUCGCGCUCCUUGCAUCCAUUCCAGGCAACGACCACUGCGCGGAUUGUGGUGCCGCAGAUACUGAAUGGGCGAGCAUCAACCUCGGCAUCCUCCUGUGCAUUGAAUGCAGUGGGACCCACCGCAGCCUUGGUGUGCACAUCUCCAAAGUGCGAUCUGUCCACCUGGACCGCUGGACACAAGACACCCUCGAGUUCAUGCAACAAGUUGGCAACGACCGCUUCAACGCGCGCUACGAGGGGAGAUUGCAGGAGGCGGGGCACCAGAAGCCAACCCCUGCAACGCCAAAGGGAGCGCGAAACGAGUUUAUUCGCCACAAGUACAUUGACAAGCUGUACGAAGACACAACCGUGCCCGACCCCGUUCCGUCGUCCUCGCUUGAUCACGACAAGAACAUGCUGCAUGCCAACGAUGAUGACGAUGACGACGACGACGACAAUGAGGAUGGGCCAUUGGAUGGCGACAGCGCCCCCAGUGCACAUGGAGCGCAGGGCCACGGUGGCGAUCACGUGAUGGCCGCUGAGGACGGUGUGCUGCGGCGCACCCGAGGAUCGCGGGAACACCGCAACCGCCUCUGCGGCAUGCAUGGGGAUGAUUGGGAGCAGUAUGCGAUGCAGCAACAAAGCAGCGACUGGACACAGCAGGAUGGGAGCGACAGUCACGAACACGACGACACGCUGGUGGCAGUGGAGUACGCGUCCUCACUGCAUCACCACCAUGGUAAUCAGCAACAGCAGCAGCAGCAGCAAACGCACGACUAUUCGUCUGAAUCGGACGCCAGUCCGCGAUCACGGCGCCGCUCCUCGUUCUCCGCCUCCUCCACAGCAGGCACGGUUGCUCGGCUUGUUCGCAACGCUGCCACUCGUCGCAAAUCAUCACCCAUGUCCCGUUUCCGGCACCGUCGCCGCACCAGCCAAACUGGUGACAGCUACGACGACGAUGGUGACGAGCCAUUGUGCACGGUGGAGGAGCUUGAUCCUGCAACGCGCCACAGCAUUGGCGAUGUCAGUGAACGUAGUAAAUCAUCCCGCCGAAACCGCCUCAGGCCCCAUACGCCGCGCAUGCUGAAACGGUUCAGCUUGUCCAAUGCCGCCUCCACGCGCACCAGCGGCCCGUCAGAGAAGAAACUCGCUCGUCUCCUCGACCACUUGCAAGAAACACACAGCGACGACGACGAUAGUCUGGAUGAGGAUGAAGAAGACGUGCGAGCAGUGGAAGACAUUGACUUGCGCACGCAUGGCGAGCAGCAACAGCACACGAGCGACGGCGCUCAUGCCCGACAUCAACACAACAACGGGCGAGACAGUAGCAGUGAUACCAGCAGAGAGCGUGACGGUCGCUCGCGUACAAGAGCAGCCACCAUUGCCAGCUCAACAAAGCCAGCAGCAACGCGGGCGGUGCUGGCCAACCCAGCGUGCUCCGCGCGCAUGAGGGAGUGGGAGCCGGGGUGCAGUUCAUCCAGCCUUCGCCUGAUUGACGCCGACUUUGAGGCAAUGGAUCGUGGGGAGGUUGAACUCGGCAGCCGCGUUGGCUCCCCAGCCGUGUCGCUCACAUACUCGACAUCCUCCACCACGAACAACGACGAUACCAGCCCACAGGCACAUGACCCAUCUCACCACAAGCAACAACAGCAGCAACAACAUCAGCAACAGCAACAUCAGCAGCAGCGCCGCCACCACAGCUAUCAGGCAGCGGUUGCAGAGCGCACGGCCACCUCUGGUAACAGCGGCGGCAGCGGCAGCACGACGGCCUCGACGACUGGAUCCGCAACAAUGCCCAGGCGCCUUCACCAGUGCCCUGUGCGCCGGCCAACAUCGCGCGGAACAUCACGUGGAAGUAGCAGUGCGUUUGUGCGGGGCGCGAGCAACGGCGCACUGCAAGUUGUACACGGCCAGAGCAAGACGGCAGCGUCUGCAGGGUCGACAGCACACCCACCAGCAUCAAGGACAUCGAGCAGCAGCACGACAGCGACACACAUGUCCGUGCAGCAGCAGCAGCAGCAGCAGCAGCAGCCAACUCGCACACCGUCGUCUCGUAGCGGUGAGAUGUCGCUGUUCAGCAAGAUUAUGGCACGUGAGAGCGGACGCACGUCACCACAGGAGCCAGAGGAGAGCGUAUUGCGUGAGGAUGCAGGCCACAUGUCGCUGGACGCGUCCAUGGCCACACCCCACCACCAGCACGAGCAGAAACAGCGGCAGCAGCAGCAGCCGCCACGACGCACCCAAACGCAGGCGAGUGGCGCGUCGUUGGCGAGUCAGCGAAGCCCGUCGACAAAGAGCAGCGCAAGCACAACCAGCACAGGGAGCAGCAACGCCACAAACGGCGAUAAGGACUUGGUCUCUCAACAACAGAAGCAACAGGCCACACACUUCACACAGUCCACACACACCACUCCCAGCACCGACACCGCCACAACGACGACGACACUUACCACUGAUAGCCGCAAGCCAGCUGCACGGACCCCGCCCGGAACGUCGCAACAGCACCUGAGUGUGCAGAGGGCCAAGCGCGACUCCAACACGUGCGUGUCUGUGCCGCGUGCGACAGCACCAGAAGCAGCAAUGGCAACAACAGCAGCGGCAAGCAAGGGGAACAGCCAGACCUUCAUCAACCAGCUUGAGCAGCACCUCAGCCAUCGCAUUGCAAGCAAACACACGGGCUAUGUUAUUCGCCCAGCGAGUCGUGAGCGCGGCAGUAGGAAUCGCACUCACACGAGCGCUGCGGAGCGGCCUGCGGUGCCUGCCCGCACCAGCAACGCAUCGUGUGGCGUUGUUGAGCGCAGACACACGCAAACGGUGCUCGGCGCAUCACUCGAUGCCAACACCAUGCGCUUGCUUCACAGCUCUGGCAACACCAAGGACCAGCAAGACCAGCACGGUCGCAACGGCGGCAACCAUCAACACCACCAUCAUCAACACCGCCACCGCCAUGACGAAGAUCAUCAUCAGCAGCAGCAGCAACAGAAGCAGGAACAAAAGCCAGCGCCGGCGUCCCCGCCCAGGCGCAUGAGCCACGCUGCAAGGGCGGCAAGCAGGACUAUGCCAACCCGAAGCACAGCCCUGUGA